AGUGUCUUUCUUGCGGUGGCUAAUCAUUAUUACAGGCAUAUUUCCGACGAGCCGUUGCCUAUACUGCCAUCCUAAAAUCUCGAGAUGCCCUGAAAGACUUCAAGACAGUGGUCAAGAAGGCUCCAUACGACAAGGACGCGAAGCUCAAAUUGGCAGAAUGCGAAAAAAUCGUUCGAAGAGUGGAGUUCUUCAGAGCCAUCGAGGUAGAGGAUGCGCCAUCUGCCGCUGAGGGUUUGGAUCUCGAUUCCAUAGUGGUGGAUGCAGAUUAUGAUGGAGUCAGAUUGGAGAACGAGAUGACCCCUGAAUUCAUUACCGACAUGAUGGAACGUUUUAAGAACGGGAAGACAAUACACAAGAAAUAUGUCUACCAAAUAAUAAUAGCGGUCCAAAAGAUUGUCUACAACGAACCCACAAUGGUUGAGAUGGAGAUUGAGGACGAUGUAAAAUUGACAGUCUGUGGAGAUACUCAUGGCCAAUACUUUGAUCUUAUGGAACUGUUCAGACUCAACGGACUACCUACUGAGAAGCACUAUUAUCUCUUCAAUGGAGACUUCGUUGACCGAGGCUCUUGGUCCACGGAAAUUGCACUUCUUUUAUACGCAUACAAAUGGUUACGUCCGUCUUCGUUCUUCCUCAACAGAGGCAAUCACGAGACCGACGACAUGAAUCGUGUCUAUGGUUUCGAGGGAGAAUGCAAGGCAAAAUAUAAUGAACGGGUAUUCAAGCUGUUUUCGGAAAGUUUCUCGGCUUUACCACUUGCUACUUUGGUUGGCAAGAAAUAUCUUGUUCUCCAUGGUGGCCUAUUCUCAGACGACAAGGUUACUUUAGAUGAUAUUAGAAAGCUCAAUCGUCAUAACCAACGCCAGCCAGGUCAAUCUGGGCUGAUGAUGGAGAUGCUUUGGACUGAUCCACAGACCGAGCCCGGGCGAGGACCCAGCAAGAGGGGUGUCGGCAUGCAGUUUGGACCGGACGUCACAAAGAGGUUUUGUGAGAAUAACGGGUUGGAAGCAAUUAUUCGAAGUCAUGAGGUACGAAUGGAAGGUUACGAGGAAGAGCAUGAUGGAAAGUGCAUCACCGUUUUCUCCGCGCCCAAAUACUGCGACAGCACUGAAAACAAGGGUGCCUACAUCAAUAUUGGACCCGAUUACAAGCUUGAAUUCCACAAAUUCGACGCCGUACCACAUCCAAACAUCAGGCCAAUGGUAAGCUUUAGUAGUCCUCUUAAUCUGGGACCAUGCUGACAUCUCUGUGAAGGCAUACGCUCAAAGCUCUCUUAUGGGUAUGACAUGAUCGGGAUCACCUUCUUGGGGUAUAUGACGAUAUGUUGUUUGCAUUUUGUGCAUCUCUCGGUGGGAAUAUCGUGCAUAGAAAUGAAGCGGGCGUUUGGU